CCCGCGCAGGCGUGGCUCAGUGCUCGUGCCCGCUACCCCUCCCCCAGCGGCGCGCGCCCGAGCCACAGCUAAUUCAUUGUACCAGACGGACCGAGACGGAGCCACUGUUCUCCGGUGAAAUCCUGCGAAAAACGAGCUCCUAGACACGUAAACUACAGACAUGGCGGCGAUCCGUAAGAAGCUGGUGAUUGUGGGCGAUGGCGCAUGUGGCAAGACCUGCCUGUUGAUAGUCUUCAGUAAAGACCAGUUUCCUGAAGUCUACGUGCCCACCGUGUUCGAGAACUACGUUGCCGACAUCGAGGUGGACGGAAAACAAGUGGAGCUGGCUCUCUGGGAUACCGCUGGUCAGGAGGACUACGAUCGACUGCGGCCUCUGUCAUAUCCAGACACCGACGUCAUCCUCAUGUGUUUCUCCAUAGACAGCCCUGACAGUCUGGAAAACAUUCCUGAGAAGUGGACUCCAGAAGUGAAACACUUCUGUCCAAACGUUCCUAUUAUUCUGGUUGGAAACAAAAAGGACCUCCGCAACGAUGAGCACACACGCAGAGAGCUGGCCAAGAUGAAACAGGAGCCAGUGAAGCCAGAGGAGGGCAGAGAAAUGGCCAAUCGGAUCCAGGCGUUCGGUUACAUGGAGUGCUCAGCCAAAACCAAGGAUGGUGUGCGGGAGGUGUUCGAGAUGGCCACCAGGGCGGCGCUGACAGCACGCCGCGGCAAGAAGAACAAUAGAUGUGCGCUCCUUUAAACGCACCGCACAAGGCUGCUGUGUCCGGACUGUUUUCACCCGGGUUCAGAUCUGGGACUAGGGCUUCUACUGGGGGUACAACACGAUGUAUACGGCUUAACUGAACUGAUAGAGAGGGGAGAGAAGAUUCACUCCAUCAAACACUGAGCCCUUUUGGAAAUUUUUGUAUGAUAGAUAAACUAACUUAAAUGUUUUGAUGAGUCAGUGUGGAUUCAAGUUAAAGCUAGAGAAAUUCUAAAGAGAUUGUAACUGCAGUAAGAGCCACAUGUUUAGUUGCGCCAGUAUUUGAGCUCCAUUUUUCUGUCAAAAAUGCUCCUGUGUUGACGCGAGUGAAUCUUAACCCUCCAUUGCUCCGAACUAUCCACCUCUAGCACGGAGAGACUGCCUCAAACCAGGACUAAACCCAAGGAGGUGGAUCACAUCUCAGCUCACCCGGAAUAUAAGGACUCUGAAUCAUUUAAGGACUUUUUAACAAUUAUUAUUCCAAGUGAUGUGAGUGGAUUCAUGCAUGUAUGGAAGAACAGAAAAGAUGGGACAAGAGCGCUGUUAGUGUUUUUCAAUUCCAAAGCAGUCUAGCUAGAUACUAUUUCAGCCAGUGCAGUUUAUACAGGGAAUUUUACAGAAAUUCAGAGCAAAAGAAUAGGCGAAGGUUUGCACAACAUUUGUCAAAAUAUUGGUCAAACUUGCAAAAUGAAUGAAAUCGGUGUUCCUAGUUUGUUACCAGCUUCUGUAGUGGUUUGUAAGCCAAGAAAAAAAAUCAACUAUUUUCACCUAAAAUUGGUGAAAUUGCAUGUAAUUUUAAACUGCCUUAUUCCAUUUGAUUGGCGUUAAUAGUCUAUCAUUGCCUUGUCCUAUCACUCUCUUGUUUUCUUCCUUCUUCACACUGUCCUGAUUUGACGACUUUAAUUUUUGGGGUAGAGCCUUUUCCAGAAACUUUUCUGUUUUUAUAUAAUUUUUUUUAUUUCUCACUUUUAAUAUUAAAUAAGUUUAAAGUCUAUCAGUAUUUAAAAAUAGGAGGAGCACUGUGUCCGCUUUUGGUUAUUUUCUGUGUGUUUACCGGGCCUUUUUUCCCCCUCAAAGUUAAUCUCCUUGUGAUUGGUCACUUCCACCUGUCAAUCAAACCUGCCAAAUGCUGUAAUAUCUGGAAUGUGCUGGUUCUAUUUCCGUUUGUGAUUUGAAAAACAUCUGGCAAAAAAUUAUGUACAAAUCCAUUUUAUUCCUUAAGUUUUAUUGUAUUUUUAAAUUUGUGAAAUAGAAAAAAAAACAAGCUGUAUGCAAAGUGUAAAUAACUUGAUGCACACGACGGGGUCCGUAUUUGUAAACUAGCUUCGGUUUGUGUAAUAAAUUACUUUGUAUUAUAAAA